AGAAGACGACAAAAGUUUAAAAGUUAUAAUAUCUACCUAGUGUACAAAAAUAUAUCUGAGAAAAAAGUACAAACGAUAAAAAGUUAUAAAAAACAAAAAAAAAAAAAAAAAAAAGAAAUAAAGUACAUACAAACACGAACACAAAAGCAUACACAUAUACACGACGAAACAAAAAGAACACAAAUAAAAAUCCGUCAGUGCCAAAUCGAAAAGACGUGGAGGGAAUAGACAAGCGCGAUUAAUAGUUGUUGUACAUUUAAAGGAAAAAGUAUACAGAGAACGAAAGAAAGAGAGAGAGAGAGGAGAAGAAAGCAAAACCAUAAACCAAAGAAUCUACCAUUUUUUCUACUAAUCACUCAGAGAAUAACGAUACUCUUAAAGCAAAAGAAAGUGACCAAGAGUGAGAAAGAGAGAUAGAGAGAGAUAGAGAGAGAGAUAGAUAGAUAGAUAGAUAGAUAGAGAAAGAGAGAGAGAGAGAGAGAGAGAGAGAGAGAGAGAGAGAGAGAGAGAGAGAGAGAGAGAGAGAGAGAGAGAGAGGAAGCGAGAUAAGCAUCUAGACUUCCGUGAUCCCAAACUAAUUAAGUGAAAAUCAUCCGCGUAAAGUCUUUUGUAAACUAUAUGAAUUUAUAUAAAUAAACGUUAAGUAAGAAGUGAAUCUUUAAAAAAGCACUCGGCUUCAAUCCGAGAUUUACAUUUAGCGACGUCAAAUGUCCUUUGGUAACAAAAUUAGAGUUCGCACGAACUGGUGCAUAUCCAAUUGGUGAAACGGAAGAGAAAAGGAGAGAGAGAAAAAGAGAAUACCUAUCUACCAGUUUCGAGCUCCAGAGCUAUCAGCUCCAGAGCAAAAGAGGAAAAUAGAAAAAGAACGAGGACUGUCGUUCGAAUCGAGUCGACCUCCUGCACGCAGGAGGAGCGUUAAAAACAGGAUGACGUGGCGAGGAAGAUGAGCGCCGAGGUGACGAAGGAGGUCGUCGCCACCGAGAGGGUAGCACCGAGCCCUCCGGCGGCGGUAGCGACCUCGCCAACCUCUGGUGACCCGGCUCGUCACCUGCCCCCGUUCAGCAGCUUCGCCGGGGACAGUACGAUGGACAGCUCUACGACUUUGACGACCCUUCAUUCCCAGGACGUUGGACUGGGCCUGACGUCGUCCUGGGACUAUUACGAGGGCCUGACAGGUCGGUUGAUCGACUCCCGUGGCGAAGUGGUUCUCGCUAGCCAAUAUCGUCCUUGGGAGUCGAAGAACGCUGGUGGUGUCGUGUCUGCUGCAGCACCAACCGGUGAAGGAUUACCAAGUUUUGCAAGUCAAUUUACCGCACCGAGUGAAGCCGAGCCUCAAUUAACGGCAUUGACGCCGUUGUCGCCAGCAUCCAUCUCUCAUUCGCCACCCGUUACAUCAGCUGUAGGUUUGCCCAGUUUUCAUACUCUUGGGACACCUUUACCGGCGCCUCAUCCUCAUCGCGGUACCGUCGGUUAUCCUCUCGUACCGGCACCCGUUCAAGCGAGAGAGGUACCGGCUCUGCAACAACAGCUACUCGACGAGAGACAUAUUCAACUACUCGGUUCUAGUCCCGUCCAAGCGUUCCCACCACCUCCAGGUCAUCCUCAUCAUACUGUUUUGACCGUAGUCAAGCCUGAAUAUCCGCAACUUCAUCAUGCCAACUUCCAAAACCCAAUGUCGACUGUCCUCGAUUCCUCACCAACCUCAAGGGCGAUCGGCAUCGACGGACGUAAGAAAGAACGGAGAAAAAUACGGGCUGGCUCGAUGGAGUCCGAAGAUGGUGGUGGAGGUGGUGGUGGCGGUGGUGGUGGUGCUGGUAGCGUUGAAAAUUCUGGUCAAGUCGCGGCAGUAUCCUCUACCGCCAAUCGUGGUCCUCAUCAUAUGAGUGGCGGAAUGGGUGAUGCCGACGGUGACGGUGGCCUCGGUGAUAAGCCGGCUAAAAAGAAACGCAAAAGGUGCGGGGAAUGCAUCGGAUGCCAACGGAAGGACAACUGUGGAGAUUGCGCGCCGUGUAGGAACGAUAAGAGUCAUCAGAUUUGCAAAAUGAGGCGGUGCGAGAAACUCACGGAGAAAAAGCACCUAUAUCACCUACAGACAGGCGAGGGAGCGUUCAGGGAAAGAGGAAGAGGUCGAGGGAAAGGUACUACGAGGAGUUAUCGAAAAAUCGCUCGACAAGUCAGCACGCCAGACAGUGCACCCGCAGGUCUUGGUAGUCCUCAAGCAGGCAUCGGUGGUCUGCAGCAACACCAACAACAACAACAGCAACAGCAAGCGCAGCAGCCUCUGCAUCAGCCGGAUCCCAUGCAGCAGGCCAAGGACAACCUGAACCCCGCGGCGAGUCAGCAAACGGCGGCUCUCAGAAACGGAAAUCCUCCGCCACCCGUUGUCUCCAUGUCUCCCGGUGUAGUGCCAUUUUAUGGAGAUUCUAGUGCUGGCUUUCGACCGGCAGCUGGUUUCGGUAAUACAGUAUGGCAUCAGGGAGUUGGUCCUGUGGGUGCAGUCGCGGUUGAAACCACGCCAGCUGCAUGGCCACCUCAACAAUUUAUUCAACAAAUUCCUGCUCCUAAUCAGUUAGAAGAAUUAAGAUAUCACACUCAAUACAGCACCGCAACGCCUUAUCAUCCUCAACCAGUCGCGUAUCAACAGCAAACUUUUAUAACUACUGAUCAAUCGGCAUUUCAACGAGCCGGGACUACAGGACAAUAUACAAUUACGGGGCAACCUUCACCCUUAACACCAGUGGCACCACAAACGGCAGCUUCGACACCUCAAAGGCCAUUAAAUGGUCAAUUUAUGGAUCCUGCUUCAGCACCAACGCAACCCGUUGGUUACGAAAGACAGGAUUAUGUUAACGGUUACCAGCAGCAGGAUGUGACAAUGGCACCACCACCUUCGACUACUCCAACAAGCCGUAGUAGCUCCGUACACAUGGAUACCCAACAGGCACAACAACAACCGCCACAGCAGCAACAACAGCAACCUCCUACGGACACGCAAGUAAAAGGGUUUGCCACAAUUGCUGCGAAUAAUGUGUCGGGAAACGAGAUGCCUGGGUAUCCACUUCAACCGGGCCCACAGAGUUUACACAACUCUAACGGAUAUCCAGGCUACGUGGAAAUGGGUCAACAACAGCUACAAAAUCAGUGGCAAUCACAAGUUGCUCAACAACAUCAGCAACAACAUCAACAACAGCAACAUUUGCAACGGCAACAUACUAUGUCGGAUACUAGUCAACGACAUAUAUGGACUGACACUAGUACGAGUUCAAAAAUCAGUGGUGUAAAUAAUAGUAAUAUGACGUGGUCGGAUUCUACUCUUCAACAACACCAUCAACAGCAAAAGUCUUCAAAGCAGCAGCUUCAGCAACAGAGUAUGCAGAAUACUAUGAAGCAGCAAAAUGAGCAACAACAAGCUAUGCAGCUACAAGGACAACAAGAGUUGUCAAGACCGGGUAGUCAUAUGAGUUGGGAAAAUGGUACCGUAAAGGAACCUCAAACUCCUCAAUCGUGGACUGACAAUACUGAGAAUCAACAACAACAACAACAAUCUCAACAAACUCAGGGAAGUUGGUCGCAGCAAAGUCCUAAAUUAAGAGAUACUCAGAACUCAAGAUUGACGCCAUCUACUCAAAAACAACAUCAGGGGUGGCCACAACAUUCUCCAAAAUUACCAGAUCAUCAGCAAAAUCCGUCCCAACAAAGUUCAAGAGUAACGCCUUCUGGUCAACACUCGUGGCAACAGAGUAGUCCUGAAAUACAAACGCAACAAAAUACAGGUCAACAAAAUUCGGGAUUAAUUAUAUCCUCUCAGCAAAUACAACAGCAGCAAUGGUCGCAACAAACCAAACUUGAACAAAAUCCAAGACUGACUCCCUCCAAUCAAAUGACAUGGCCAGACACACCAACUAGUCAACCCAACUGGUCACCCAAUAGCAUGAAAAGUGAAUCCAGUCAGCAACCUCAACAACAAUGGCCAGAUUCUCAACCUAGUCCAAGAAGAACACCAGGUCAUCAAUCUACGACAUGGCAAAAUCAAUCAUCGCAAGAAACUAAAAUAGAUAAUCAUAUGACGUGGUCCCCAUCUUCAGUAAAUGAAAAUCAACCUACGUGGGGUCAGCAUACAUCGAAACAAGAUAUGCAAAAUUCUGGGGAAAGAAUCAUGUGGCAACAAAAUGCAGAUAAUAGUAAAAACAAUGGAUAUUCGGAUAAUCAAGACAACCAUGAAAAUAAUGUAUAUGCUCAAUCAAAUCGAGUGAAUCUGAACAGUCGGCUCAAAUCAAUGAUUUUAAGCAAACAACAACAACAACAUCAACAGCAGCAACAUCAACAGCAACAACAACAUCAACAGCAGCAACAACAACAGCAACAACAGCAGCAGCAAUUGCAACAACAGCAGCAAUUGCAACAUCAACAAAUGCAGCAGCAACAUCAAGAACAGCAACAGCAUCUUCAUAUGCAUCAUCAAAUGCAAGGUCAGCAUAACAUUAAUAACAUUAUUGGAUCAAAUGGAGAAUAUGUCGGAGAUGAUCGGUUACGAGAGUCACAUGAAAAUUCAGAGAAAAUGCAAGAAAAGAGAACGGAUCAGUACCUCAAUCAAUCGACAAUCAUGUCAAUGGCGCAAUCUAAUGAAAAUCUGACCGGUAAUUUUUUAUUGCAUAGCCACCACCCUCGGGUCGAUAGUUUGCCCGAAGGUGGUGGCUUAUUAGAAUGGACAGGAGGUGGAACCAGUUUAACUAAUCAUAACGUACUAACAGAGACCGGUGUGACUGCUAUAGAAAAUUUUAUGAAAUUUGCGACAGAAGAUAAAAUUGUCCUUGAAAAGCCUUCUGAGGAACAACAACAUAUGCACGAACAAACUCAGCAAAGAUUAUGGAAAGACCAUAAUAAACAUCAUGAUAAUUCUAUCAUAGAAGAAAAGACGUUUCAGCAACAGUGUGCUGAAAAAAAAACACAAAGACUCGAAGAUCUACGAGAAGAUACGAAUGCAACUAAAAGAGCAAGAGAGGACAACCUUGAUUUUAUGCAGACUGCGGAUACUUCUGUCAUCAGCAAAAUUGUAGUUGAGAAUGAACAAAGAUCCGUUGAAAUGAAAGCAGACCAGUCAUCCACGAAAGAGGAAGAUAGUUCGGAGGUAAAGUACGCUUCAGAUCAAACCAUCAAGCAGGAGAACAUAGGAGACUACAAUUGCGCCAUACCCGAAAGCAUUGAAUCCUGCAAUGUUUCUAGAGGAGAAGACCAUACUACGCUGCCUGUAAAAGCUGAACCUGGUCAAACAUCGCAUGAUGCUUCGGACUAUAAAUUUAGAGGCGACGGUGGUCCCGCCAAAGUAUCACCAGGUACUGGUUCAUGGUGCUGUCGGAGAGGUGGCACGGAGCAACCUACGCCGGAACACCUGCGCGAAGGUUGUUGUCAAGGUCUUCAGACGAGGGAUGAAAUAUUAGCAGAUUCUCAACAGAAAUCAGAUUCUGAUAUAAAGAACGAAGGAUCUAAUAGUCCGAAAAGCGGCAACGCAUCAUCGACAACUAAAUUGCAAGAUCAUUUGGACAAACUGAAGAACAAUGUUAGGACCGAAGUACCGGACUGCAACUGCUUUCCUGCCGAUAAAUGUCCACCUGAACCCGGCUCGUACUACACUCAUCUCGGAGCGGCUGCAAGUCUGUCUGAUCUUCGGAACGAUCUUGAAAGAAGAACUGGGCUGAAGGGAAAUGCAAUAAGGUUCGAGAAGGUCGUUUAUACUGGGAAGGAAGGCAAGACUACUCAAGGGUGUCCAAUGGCUAAAUGGAUAAUACGACGAUCCGGCAUCGAUGAGAAGAUCCUUUCCAUAGUGAAACAUCGACAAGGUCAUAAAUGUGCGACGGCAUGGAUCGUUGUAGCCAUGGUUGCUUGGGAAGGAGUUCCAACUCAUGAGGCUGAUCGCAUUUAUUCCCUUUUGAGUCACAAAUUAAAUCGCUUUGGUCUUCCAACGACCAGAAGAUGUGGUACUAAUGAACCGAGAACCUGUGCUUGUCAAGGACUUGAUCCUGAUACCUGCGGAGCGAGUUUUUCUUUCGGAUGCUCUUGGUCUAUGUAUUACAAUGGUUGUAAAUAUGCAAGAAGCAAAACUGUACGAAAAUUUCGAUUAUCCGUUCGGUCAGAGGAACAAGAGGUUGAAGAGAGAAUGCACGUUUUGGCUACACUUUUAUCACCUUUAUAUUUGAGUCUUGCACCGGAAGCAUUUAAUAAUCAAACUCAAUUUGAACGAGAAGCAAGCGAAUGUCGAUUAGGAUUUAAACCUGGGAGACCCUUUUCUGGUGUAACGGCUUGUAUCGAUUUCUGUGCUCACUCUCAUCGAGAUCUCCACAAUAUGAAUAACGGAUGCACUGUGGUAGUAAGUCUGACAAAACAUCGAACAUUAGCGAAACCUGAAGAUGAACAGCUACAUGUACUUCCUCUUUACAUCAUGGACGAUACAGAUGAAUUUGGUUCAAAAGAAGGACAAGAAGAAAAAGUUCGCUCUGGGGCUUUAGAAGUUCUGAAUAAAUAUCCCUGCGAGGUCAGAGUCCGAUCGGUUCCUCUUCAACCUUGUCGUCGGCAUGGAAAGAAAAGAAAAGAUGAGGAACCUGAUACUGUUGCAAAUAAAAAAGACAUACAAAGGCACACUAACGCGUCCGAUAAAAUAAUAGAAGCAAGUCGUGCAGUGAAUCAUCAUGAUUUGUCCAGAACUCCAGCAAGAGAUACGCAAUUAUCUUUAGAAAUGGCUUCAAUGUUCGAAGGUAUGGAUGCGCAAUUACAAAGUUCUCAGGUAUCAUCGACGGUCCUCGAUAGUCCAGUGUCUAUGUAUCAAGGUUGGGGUUAUCAGGGUGAACAACAAUGGAGUCGAAAUGGUUGGCUCGAUCAAAGAAAAAAUAAUUGGUUAAAUCCCUGGGGAGAAUAUGCCUUUGGUGGUUUAGAAAGAGACACUAAAGUAGAUCCAGAUAGCACUAGCUUGGAUGAUAUCAGACCACGAAGUACAGUUUCGCAGGAAGAUCAUAGACCAGGUUCAAGGAAUUUACCAAACUCCACCAUGGAUUCCCCAAGAGGUACUUACACUCAUUCUCCAAGAGGUCAUCCUAUUUCUCCGAGAAGUUCUCAUCCAUGCACACCUGGUGAAGCAUCUUAUGCCAUGUCACCUAGAGGAUGCCCAUCAACGCCGCAAGAUCCAAGAAUGGCUUCUCCAAGAAGUUCGGGAUAUCCUACUACACCUGACGGUAGUUUCAAUCAUGCAACUUCUGCGAGAAGCUAUCAACAUAUUUUUGAGACCAGACAAAAUAAUGCGUCUCCAAGAGCAGGAUACUUUCAUUCACCGACCCAUUUAGAUGUUAUGCAAAAGAAUUUACAAUCACGAAUACAUCAAUCACAAACAAAUGCGAAUAACAUUCGUCAUGUUGGUCAAAAUAACAUGGACAAUCAAUCUAGAAUGAGACAAGAUGCUAGUCAACAAAAAUACUCUGGUGCAUUGUCACAGACUUAUUUAGAAUCACAGAAUUCUACAAGAUUUAUGUUACCAAAAUCACAAACCGAGCCAUCCUUUUCAUCAAGAGUACAAAGUCACUAUCUUUCACAAUCCGUUCAACUAGGAAGAAACGCUACAUAUCAAAAUCAACAUACCGAUUCUAAUUUAGGGGAUGUUUUUCCUGGAUAUAGUGGUACUUCCUGCAUGGAUGGUAAUAGUCACAAAUCACUUGGUGCUACGAACCCAGAUUUCCUCCUUCAGGGUUCCUUAAAUCUUCCAUCUAUUCCUGAUCAACAAAGUGAUGUGCAAGGUCUUCUUAGUUCAAGCGAUCAAAAAAGGUAUUUUGGUCGUUUGCAAAGACAAACGGAUUUAAAAACUUCAACAACCCCUCAGUUUCCAACCGUGUCUUCGGAACAAGGAAGUUAUGGAAGCAGUUGGAACAUGUUUAAUUUAUGGUCUUCCGAAACUUCAAAAUCGAUGGAACAUCAGACUCUUUUUAACGAGCAUCAAAAUGUGGCAGAGAAAAUAAAUAAUCAAACGGAUCAUCAGAAAAAUUCAACUUGGCCCGAAAGAUUACCAAAUGUUGAUCAAGCAAAGCCAACUUGUUGGGAAACGCAAACCGAACCAUCCCCUUUCCGUAUACCCAAAGGAAGACCACCUUCGAGAACAACAUCGGGUCAACAUUUGUCUACCGAUGCUAAUGCUUAUCCAAACACAUUUGCAAGAACUUUUUUGAAACCGCAGGAACCAGCAAGAAAUAAUACUUUUGCGGAUAGUUUAAGCAAUGGGGUACAAGCAUGUGUACCCAAUCAGAACCAUCAAAAACGAACAGAUUGGCAUGAUGAGAAAUUAAGAGAAGGAUUUCAUGAUGGACGACAAGAGAUCGUUAAUUCGAAUACCACUUCUUUAGCUUGGGCGGAAGAAAUGAAGCAAGUUCAAGAUUUGCACGCCAUGUCAAGCUUGGGUCAUCCUCACGCAUUUCCACAAUACGGUUAUCCUACGUAUCCAGUUUUUGAAAAACCAUAUCCAAAUUCUUGGGAAGGUUACAAUUAUCAUCAACCUUAUCAUCCACAAGCCGCACAAUAUCCUCCGCAAUUUUAUCAACAACCCAAAAGGGACGCCUGCUUCCAUUCUCCGCAAUAUCCGUAUCAAGGUAUACCACCGUAUCAGAGUUUAAAUACAGGCUGGCCAAGAUGGGAAACUUCUCGUUGGGACAUUUAUGGACCCCCACCAUACUUCCCGGUACUUCCUGAGCCACCACCGAAAGCGGAACCACUCGGUGAGGUAGCCGAUUAUUCCGACAACGAAGAGUGCUUCAAAGAUCCACAAAUGGGAGGAGUUGCUAUAGCUUUAAGUCAUGGUAGUGUUUUAUUCGAAUGUGCGAAACACGAGAUGCACUCAACGACGGCCUUGAAGAAACCCAAUCGUCUUAAUCCGACUAGAAUCAGUUUGGUGUUUUAUCAACAUCGUAAUCUUAAUAGACCAAGACACGGUUGGGACGAAUGGGAAGAGAAAAUGAGAUUGAGGAAGUUGGGUGUUGUAACGACAACGACUACCAGCUCAUCGGGUACGUCACCGUUAGUGUCCACAGCAGUUACUAGUCCAGCUAGUACGGUGAAUAAUGAGAAGCUACCACCACUUCCUCAUAUAUCUACCGUACCAAAUUCACAAUUCAUGAUGAGGUCGCCAACGUAUACAACCAUGACUUGGACAACACUUUUUCCUAUGCAUCCGUGUAUGAUAACAGGUCCGUAUCAAGAAGGUGGAGCCAUCGGAUGAGCCAUUAGCGGAAGGUACGAUUCCAAUCGACCAUGAUUGCGGAUCGUACUGGGGUUUGAGCGAAUAACUUAAAACAAAAAAAAUGAGCGUACAGGGAAGAAUAGGAGGGAUCAUUGUUCGUAUAGCCAUAUUGGUGAGGUGUGCCUGACCGGCACUAAAAAUAGGAACGAUCCAUAUAGAGUUGAGCCGAACGAAGGCGAUAGGGUGCGAGUGAGAGAUAGAGAGAAAAAGGGAGAGAGAAAGAGAGAGAGAGAGAGAGAGACAGAAUGAAAGAAUGAAAGAGGCAUUGCACGAAUCGGUAUCAACUCAUUUCCAAAACCCGUUUUAGACGUAUAUUCUUCUUUUUUUUUUUUUUUUUUUUUUUUCUCUCUCUAUAAGAUGUUCUAACGGGAAGACUUUAAAACUAAUGAAAAGGAACAGAAAUUGUCCAAAUAUGUAUUUUGGAGCGCAUUAUUUUAAUAUUGGAGUAGUUCGUUAUCGACGGAGCAACAAAACCAAUCGCACUGCCAUUUUUCUAUCAUACGUUUUGUGCGCGAUACAAAAACACGAAACGAAACCGGUUAAUGCGUCUGGAUAAUUAAAAGAAAGAAAUAGAAAAGAAAUAAAGAAAAGAAAAAAAUAGAUGCUGCGCGCCCAUAACGAACGACAAUUAGGGCGUUCAUCGCGUGAUCUCCCCACCUUUUUUGGGGCUUCCUUUUUUUAUACAAAACUUUUGUUAGACUCACGGUAAGAUGAUUACAUGUUAAACAAAUAAAAUAAUUAAAAGAGCGCGCGCACGAGGCGGAUGAUGAAAGUUUAUGAAAAAGGCAAGUCAAAUACGUAGGUAAAGGAGAGAAAGAGAGAGAGAGAGAGAGAGAGAGAGAGAGAGAGAGAGAGAGAGAGAGAGAGAGAGAGGAAUGGGUAGAUUGAGUAAGGAUAAUGAAUCGGAGAAGUAUGAAAAAUAAUAGGAAAUAUCGAUAAAGAUAUAUUCGUCAUAAUUUUACAAAUGUGAAUGAUAAACAAAAGAAAAGAUAGGAAUGUGAAUUAUCGCGAAAGCGAGAUUGAACUCGAAACGCGUAAAAAAUAAUAGCUAUCAACUUGAUGUCUUACCGUGCACAUGGCUUUGAUACGAUAAACUUUAGGGAAAAACACGAAACAUAAGUAAAAAAAUAAAAAAAUAAAAAAAUAAAAAAAUAAAGAAAAAAGUAAAAAGUGUUAGUAUAUUUGAUUGUACGCUUAAAGUUAAAGAUAUCGCGUUUUACGCGCAGAUGAGGAAGGAUCACAGGUUUCGUAUUGGUAGCAUCGUAAUUUUUCUUAGCUAGUCUACGCCUAGGCAACCGAAUACGAAACGCUAAAGUAGACCAAUUGCACGCGCCUGCGUUCAUGGACAUUGCAAAUAUCAUGGACAAAGAAGAAAAUAAAAAAGGAAAUAGCAACAUUUUGGAACGUUCUAUUCGCGCUUCGUUAUUAUUAUCCGUCACAUUCUUUUACACAUUUACGAUGCCACAUGUUCCAAUUGAUUGACCAUAUUUGUCCAAUGAAGCGUUUCUAAUAUUGAAAAACAAUACAUACACAUAUACACAUAAACACAAACAAGAAAACGAACCAGUAGGCGUAACCUCUUAGUUCUGACAAAUUUUUCGCGAAAGCCAUGAGAGAUUGCACAAUUGUACACUAUCAUCAUCAUUACUAUAUCACAAUUACCGAGUAUUUUUCCAGAAGUGUUCGUGUUAUAUACAAUACCUAUAUGCACCCAUACACAAAUACACACAAAUACACACAUCACACAUACACACACGCACAUACACGCAUACAUGAAUAUACAAUUAAUACUUUUCAUUGGGAAGUGAAAGAGGGGGUUAAAGAAAACAUAGGUACAUGUACACACACGAAAGAAAUGAUCUCAAGUCUUAAUAACUAAUUAAACGAUAAAUAUUCUCCUUUUCUCUUUAUAGCCUUUGUAAAUCGCGCUUGUUAUUAUUCUAUACAUAUUCAUAUUUAUUUGUAUGCACGCGUUUGCACCUGUAGUUGUUCACUAAGUAAGUCGUGAGAUGUGGAAAAUAGUUGGAAAAGGCGCGGAUUAUUAAAAUACUAACCAUUCGUCCUUCGGGUCGGCUGAGUACAAAGCAUUUUUUCCUAACAAUCAUGCAAUACGAUUGCAUGCAGGGAUGACGUUAUUAAAUCUUUUAUUAUCUCCGUUUUGUUUCUCUCUUUUUUUUUUUUUUUUUUCUUUUUCAUCUUUUUAUUUCGGAAAAGUACUACGUCUUCUCCGAAAAAAAAGUUUUGACGUUCUUUAUUUUAUUGGCUUGCUUUUUAACUUUUUUUUUCUUGUAUUUAUUUUAUUUUAUUUUAUUUUUUUUUUUUUUUAAUGUUCUCAAUUAUAAUUGGGAUUGAGUUUUUUUAUUUUUCUUCUUUUUUUUUUUUUUUACAUACAUCCUACGUAUAUUGUAUGUUGAAUAUUGAUGUUUAUAAUAUUAUCUAUUUCCCUUUUCUAAGGUACACGAGGUAAAAGCAAAUGGCAUUGUUAUGUGCUAUCGCAAAAUAAGAUAAAGUAAUUUAUCGAAAGUUGACAUUAAAUAGCGCGAGAUUUUUUAUCUUUCUCUUUCCUUUUCUUCUUUUCCUUUUUUUUUCUUUUUUUCUUUUUUAAUUCGAGUGGGUUAACGUAUCGUUAUACCCUUUCCGAGGUUUUAGGCGACUCUAUAACGAUGACUAAUCUUUUCAUUUUUCUUUUUUUUUUUCUUUUUUUUUUUUUUUCAUCAUCUACGAUAAAAUAAAAACGAUUUGAUUUUUUAUCGUUCGGCCUUUGUAAAUAUUAGGCGACUGUUAUUAGUAAUUUGAAAAUGUCCCGGUUCUUGAUGAAGCACAGUUUUAUAUAAUCUUUUGUCAGUUUCUUUUUAGCUAAUAAGAUUAAUUAAUAAAAUUUGGAGAAAAAGUGUGUGCGCACGUGAAUGCAUGAGAGAGAGAGAGAGAGAGAAAGAACGAGAAGUAUGAAUCUGAAUAAGGGAGAGAAUGAAAGAAAAUAUUUGGAGAUGAAUGGGACAGUCAAAUGGAAAAAAGAUGAAAAAAGAAACUAGAGAAAGAAAGGGAGGGAGAGAGGGAAGGAGGGAGGGAGAAAGGAAGAGGGGAGAAAGAGGGAGAGAGAGAGAGAGAGAGAGAGAGAGAGAGAGAGAGAAGAGAAAGGAUCGAUGUUUACACGGGGAUCGUGUAGCUAAAAUUCUACUUAUUUAUUUAUUAAUUAUCGUCGUCGCGACUUUUUCGCUCGAUCCUGCGUAAAAAAAAUUUAGAUGGAUUUUUAGAUUAUUAAUCAUGCGCGCGAUCUUUACGAUAAUAAUAAUAAUUGAUAACUAAUUAAUUAAUUAGUAAAUAAUAUAAUAAUAAUAUUAAUAAUAAUAUUAAUAUUAAUAAUAAUAAUAAUAAUAAUAAUAAUAACAAUAAUAAUAGUAGUAAUAAUAAUAAUAAUAAUAAUAAUAAUAAUAAUAAUAAUAAUAAUAAUAAUAAUAAUAAUAAUAAUAAUAAUAAUAAUAAUAAUAAUAGUCUACGAUAUAUGGACGCGUAGCACCUUUUAAUCGGAAGACCUUUCAUAUAUAUAUACAUAUAAAAAUUUAUAUAUGUAUGUAUACAUAUAUAUGAAAUAAAAUAUAUAUUUCUUCGCAUUAAAAAAGGGCGAAGUUAAGAAUAAGACAAAAAAAAAAAUUACAUAGAAUAGUCGAAAUUAAAUGAAAAGGAAGAGCAAAACGGAGACUUAGGAGAAUCUACCCCACGCUCGCUGGAGUAUUAUAAGAAUCAUUAAUAUAUUAUCGUUCACAUUAUUAAUGCAUAUUAUAGUAAUUAUAGGCAACAAUAAUAAUAAUUAGUAACAUAAUAUAAUUUAAUCUAUUA